UCUUGUCCGCGAUUUCUCCCUUCUUCCUUCAAAUACUAUUUCCUAUUGGCUUUUCACCUUGUUUCAGACCCCAAUUCCUCUAGUAACGUUCUGGAGAAUUGUUGUAUAUGAUUUCCAAGUGUUGUAGCAUUGAUGAACCUUCCACAACAUUACCAUUCUGUUCUGUUUUGACUUUCGAUUACACUCUCAGAAUGAGUGGUUUCUCUGAUAGAGCUGUGACUCUGCUCAAAGAUUUCUGCCAUUCUCGGCUUCACGUUCAGCAGAUUCAAGCCCAACUUAUCCUCCAUAACCUCCAAUCAAACCCCACCAUCGCUCACCACUUCAUCACCGUAUGCCAGUCUCACAACCUCCUCAACUCCGCUCUGCUUCUCUUCACCCUCUUCGUCCCCAGACCCCACGUUUUCAUCUUCAACUCCCUCAUCAGAGCUUUCUCCCACUCCCACCACCACCACAACUCCCUCACCCCACUCUCCAUCUUCGCCCACAUGCACCGCAACACCAUCCUCCCCAACCACUACACCUUCCCUUUCCUCUUCAAGUCCCUCUCCGCCCCCUGCCACUUCGCUCAGGCGCAAUCCGUCCAUGCCCACGUCCUCAAACUCGGCCACCUCCACGAUAUCUACGUCCACAACUCCCUCUUGGGAGUCUACGCUGCUUCACCCCGCCUCCUCUCACUCUGUCGCCAACUGUUCGAUGAAAUGACUCACAGAGAUGUCGUGUCGUGGACUGUUAUGAUCAUGGGUUUUCGCAAUGCUGGCAAGUUUGAUGACGCGCUGCUCGCGUUUGAGCAGAUGCAGUACGCGGGUGUGGCGCCUAACAGGGUCACCAUGGUGAAUGCUCUGGCCGCUUGUGCGGAUUCUGGCGCGGUUGAAAUGGGCGCUUGGAUACAUGAUUUCAUAAGGAGGAAUGGGUGGGAGCUUGAUGUGGUGUUGGGGACGGCUUUGAUUGACAUGUAUGCGAAAUGCGGGAGAGUGGAAGAGGGGGUGAGAGUUUUCAGCAGUGUGAAGGAGAAGAAUGUGUUUACUUGGAAUGCUGUUAUUAAAGGGCUAGCUUUGGCUAAGAGCGGGGAAGAGGCAAUUCGGUUGUUUAAUAGAAUGGAGCAGGAUGGGGUUAGAGCUGAUGAAGUGACUUUGCUUGCUGUUCUUUCUGCUUGCAAUCACUCUGGUUUGGUGGAUAUGGGAAGACAGAUUUUUGGUUUCUUGGUUGAGGGAAAGUAUGGGUUUAUUCCUAAUGUCAAACACUAUGCUUGUAUGGUUGAUCUCUUAGCUCGUUCUGGGAGUUUGAGAGAGGCAUUUGAGGUCAUGAGAUGUAUGCCUUUUGACCCAACCAAAGCUAUGUGGGGGUCACUGUUGGUUAGUUCCAAAUCUCAAGGUGACUUGGAGUUCAGCGAGUUCGUAGCUAGAAAACUGGUUGAGUUGGAGCCAGCGAACAGUGCUUAUUAUGUUCAUCUGUCGAAUCUGUAUGCAGAGAUGGGAAGAUGGGAUGAUGUUGAGAAAGUGAGGGGAAUGAUGAAAGACAGACAAUUGACAAAGGAUUUGGGGUGUAGUUCUGUGGAGGUUGAAGAACAGGGGCACACUAGCCAAGUUUUGCUAUAGUGUCUCAGCAUUUUCAUGCAACUUUAACACUAUGUUUGGUAUCAGAGACUAGACUUUGAAGAGAGAGAUGUCCAAGAGAGAACAUGACAAGAAAAAAGGAUUCUACCUCCGUUUGGUUCAAUUUACCGUAGCGAAGAGAGAACUAGCACAUGUUAGAAAAUACUUUUUUUUGGGCUUCGGCCCGUCAAAUUAUCAAAAAAAAAACGACACUUUUUGGGCUCUGCUUAAAAAUUGAAGAGAUGAGAAGAGGCUUGACAACUUUGUUUUUUUUUCCUUAUUUAUCCCUGUAAAGUGGUUCUUUAAAUUGUCAGUAUCUAAGAUACAAGUUUCUUUUGAAAAAAAAUAUUUUUUUCUUUAUCUAAUAAUUAUUAUCCACCUCAUUAUUUCUCAUCUCUCUUUCCUUUAUCUCUAUUAUACCAAACAACCUCUAAAUCUACUCUAUUUCUCACAUAUUUCUCUCUACUCUCUCUUCUCUCUUCUCUACUCUCUCUUCUCUACCAAACAGAGCAUUAAGUUUAGAUGUAAGUUGUCAAUAUGAGUUGCAACACGCGGGCCAGCCCAACGGGUUGGCUAAAUGAGCCGGGUUGAGUUGACUAAUUUCAACUUGGAUAGAAUAUGAGUCAAUGCAACUCAACCCAUUUACCCCCGCGGGUUAAACGAGCCAGCCCGCGGGUCAGAAUAAUUUUUUAUUUUUA